CGCACUUUGUUUAGCGCCGGUGAGCCGGUCGGUUUCGUUUGAAUUCUAUGAGAUUGGAAUUUAAAUUUAUUCAUGUAAUCGUAAGCUGCGCAUGAAAAUGAAAAGAUUUUUCGAAGUAGUUUCGAAGGACCCGCAGCGGGCAUCUUCAAGUUCUGAACCUGACUCGGAAAGCACCGAAGGAAUUAAUGAAAGUCCGGAAAAGGAUAAGGAAUGUGAAAAAUCGAAAAAGCAGAAAUAUGAACAAAAGUACGUAAAAUACUGGGAAAGUGAAUUUAAAUGGUUAUCUGAGGGAACAAAAGGCUGUCAUUAUGCAUUCUGUAAAGUGUGCUCUGUAGAUGUAUACAUAGGGAAGAUGGGUAAAAGUGCAAUUAAAUCCCAUGCAAACACCCAAAUACAUACAAAAAACGCUGGAACGAUUUCAUUAAACCUAGUGCAACAAAAUAUUGAACCAUUAUUUAGUUCAGCAUCCAAGACUGCUGUUAUUGAUGCCGAGAUUAUGAUGGCAGUAUUUGUUGCGGAACAUAAUUUGGCAUUCCAAAUAAUGGGUCACUUACCGCAAUUCGUUAACAAAAUUACCCCGGAUUCGAAUAUUGCCAAAAAAGUAAAGUGUUCUAGGACGAAAAUGGUAAACAUUUUACGGAACGUUUUGGGAAUAUCUUACAUAGAAGAAAUUUGUUGAUUUGUUAAACGCCAAUAAAUUUUCUUUAAUUAUUGACGAGUCCACAGAUAUAUCUUUAGUAAAAACCUUGUGCUUGGUGGUUAGAGUAUGUAAAAAUUUUAAAGUACAUGACUUGUUUUUUGAUUUAAUUGAAGUUGAAUCUGCAGAUGCUAGUAGUCUGUUUUCUGCUGUAAUCAAUAGUUUCACGAAGAAUAAUAUCAUGUACAAACAAAACAUGAUUGGUUUCGCAGCUGAUGGAGCCAAUGUUAUGAUGGGUAGGAAUCAUUCCGUAUCUACAUUAUUGAAAGCAGACAUAAAUGAUCUGUUCGUUCUUAAAUGUGUUUGUCACAGUUUUCACUUAUGCGCCUCAUACGCAUGCGAAAAACUUCCUGGCGAAGUAGAAGAUUUGGCGCGUAAUAUUUU